AUCUGGGCAAGAAAUUUCACCCACCAAACAAACCCAAAGCCGUUCAAUUGCUCUAGUUUAGGUAAAGAAACGGGAAAAGACUGCGGGAAGGGCAAAUGAUCCUUUGCAGGUCCUUCUUCAGAUUCCCCAUCGACCAUUUUGUUCACCUAGCUGUGUUCUUCCUUCUGGUGUUGCGUUGUUCAGCUUCUUUGAAGAACUAUAGUGAAUUUACCACUUCCCCCUCAUGGGGUGGUAGUAGUGACGUGAUUUUACUCGGCCUUUUUUGCAGAGUUGAUCGAGUUUUAAAAUUCACUACUACAUAUAUUGCACCGAAACCUGUAGGAUGCUUUCAGGAUCAGAGAAGUUAUCAUUGCUUAAACCAUAAUUCAACUAUGCAAGCUAGAAAGAAGAGACUGGUGAUUGAAGGUCAUGGCAAGAAACAUAAAAGUACAAAUCUUGUGUGGAGACCAGUCUCUUGCUCCAGUUCUUAUGAAGAAAGCUCGGUAAAGGAUGUAAUGGUUGGGUCAGAAGACAGAGGAGAUGUUCAUACAGUGGGCUGUAGUGAAUCUAGCACUAUUACAAAUGACCGUGUUAUGGAGGCAGCUGCUGAAACUAUGGCUGAAUUAACUGAAUCAGCUAUCACAUCUAGUUCAUUGCAGUACAAUAUUGAAAACAAAGUGCUAGAUGAAAGCUUAUCUGUUUCCACCAAAAAGCACACCAUUUCUGUUGAGGUUGGUGCUUCUCUAUUUCGUUUUAUCAAAGGCAAAGGGGGAUCCACGCAGAAAAAUAUUGAGGAGGAGAUGGGGGUUAAGAUAAUAUUACCAUCUUCAAAAGAAGAUGAUUUUGUCACCAUUGAAGGCAUUUCGAUUGAUAGUGUGACUCUAGCUUCCAAGAGGAUACAAGCCAUAAUUGAUGAGGCAGUUAAGAGUCGAAAUCUUGAUUAUUCACACUUCAUAUCACUACCAUUGGCCAUCCAUCCUGAGUUAGUUAAUAAACUUGUCAGUUUUCAAAAUUCUAUAUUGGGAACUGGUGAUUCUUGCAUGGAUGAGAAUCUUGAAUCUGAUUCCAAUGAAGAAAAUACUGACAAUGAAGAACAGCAUGGUUUGUCAAAGGAAAAACCUAAUGUUGCAGUUGAACUUAAAGUCAGUGACAGCAAUGAAUCAGUUGAAGUGAAUCUCACAAACAUACCAUUUGUCAGUUAUGUACCUAAAGCGUCCAAAUCUUCUGCAUCCAAGUCUCCUGAUUUAUCUGACCUGGGGAUUGACAAGUCUAUAUUCAUUAAGCCUAGAACGUUUCAUCUUACUGUACUCAUGCUGAAAUUGUGGAACAAGGAUCGAGUUAAGAAAGCUACUGAGGUCUUACAGAAUAUCUCCUCAAGAGUUAGGGAAGCCCUUGACAAUCGGCCCCUCUCUGUAAAAUUAAAAGGAUUGGAUUGCAUGAAAGGUUCUCAAGCAAAAGCUCGUGUUCUGUAUGCCCCAGUGGAAGAGGUUGGCAGUGAGGGCCGUCUUCUACUUGCUUGUCAAAUCAUUAUUGAUGCAUAUGUUGAAGCUGGACUAGUCUUGGAGAAUGAUUUUAAUCAGAAACUGAAGUUGCAUGCAACUGUGAUGAAUGCAAGGCAUAGGAAAAGGAUGAAGAGGAAAGGAAAGUUUGACUCCUUCGAUGCACGGGGCAUAUUCGAGCAGUACGGAUCAGAGGAUUGGGGAGAGUAUCCUAUUCGAGAAGUUCAUCUCUCCCAGAGAUUUUCCUUUGAUGAAAAUGGAUACUAUCACUGCUGUGCUUCAAUACCCUUUCCUGAAAAUAUGGAGUUUGCUGCAAAUUGGAAUGAAACUCAACCCGGGGAAGCCAUUGAUCACAGGAAGCAAUCUUGGCUGUGAUUUUGUUGGCCACUUUCUUCGACGUUCGGUUGUCUGCCAUUAGGAUCCAUAAUUACUAUCAAUGCCACUCCCAAAAGGCAUCCAAAGAGACUUCUCUUGAUUUGAUUGUUAUGCCAUAUAUAUGUUUCCCACAGAUAUUGUUGUUAAUGUAGUAAUGUUGUAUUUUUCACUUCA